CACGCGUUGCCAUUUCGACUAUUCCUCAAUUCUUUGCUUUCGAUUUCUGCGACAUAACACUGUUUACUAUCUAUUGAAAGAGAUACCUCUUCCAUCUACUCAACGAACCGGAUCGAUCCGUUACAUUACGUAGCUGCGGACUCGCGCAUAGACCUCCCUCGUUCGCGUGCAUCCGCUUCAAAUGGUCGAUUCUAGCUCACGGUCAUGAUCCCUCGAUGGCCGCUCGUCGUGAGCUGCCUGCUAUGGGCGCUCAUCUGGCAGCCGGUCGCCGCGAAGAAGGACAACGGGCCCGCGAUCACGGCGACCGAGCUCGAACAUGAACCCGUCGGCUUGUUCUACUUCGAAGACACGGAUACCAUUCUCUUCCAGGAUAUCAAGACCAAUGAUCUCUUGAGGUCGUUUGAUGGAGGCGAGAAGUUUGAUGUGGUGGAGGGGAAGAAUGGAGAUAUGAAGGGUCAACUGCUUACGAUUUGGCCGCAUCCGUUUGAUACCAAUAAGGCGUAUGUGUUUGGGAAGGAGGGCAAGCAUUGGGUCACGACGGAUCAGGGGAAGACGUUUGAUUCGUUUGAGGUUGAGAUGCCGCCGGCGAUUAGGCCGUUGGCUUUUCAUGGGUGGGAUUCAAAGAAGGUGAUUUUUCAUGGGGAGGUGUGUUUUGGGUUUAUGUGUGCCAAUCGCGCGUACUAUACUACCGAUGAUUUCAAGACGAUUAAGCCUCUACGCGACGGGAUUGUGAGUUGUGCGUGGGCGGUUGGCGAUCCUCAGUUCGCUGCGGAUUUGGACAUUGCGGGGGAGAUUGAGGACCGCAUUCUUUGCGUCGUUCCGGGAUUGAAGAUUUCGAUCCACUCUGCGAAUCGUCUUGUGUACUCGGAUGAUUACUUCAAGAGCAGUGAGGAUGGCGCCGAGGUGAAGCUGCAGCAUGGCCGGCCGGUGAGCGGCGUUAUCAGCACCGCGGCGGUUAAGAAGUAUCUUGUUGCUGCUGCUCAGUCGCAGGGGACAGACGAGCGUGCCUUGUUCGUUUCCGACGACUCUAUCACCUGGCAUCGCGCCGAGUUUGGAAGCCAUCGAUUGGAGGAGGGCGCCUACACUAUUCUGGAGAGCACGAACUACAGCAUCCAAGUGAGUGUCUUGACUAGCAGUCGAUCAAACAGCAUGGGCACCUUGUUCACUUCCAACUCCAACGGUACUUAUUUCACCAACAACAUUGAGCACGUCAACCGCAACCCCUAUGGAUUCAUGGAUUUCGAGAAAAUCGCCAAUAUCCAAGGAAUUGUGCUUGUCAACACGGUCAAGAACCCGAAGGAAGUCGAGGAUGGAAAGAAGAAGAAGAUUGUCAGCGACAUCAGUUUCGAUGACGGCAGAAGCUUCCAAUCCCUCAAACUUGGUGACGAGAAGCUGCAUCUUCACUCCGUGACUGCUUUUGCCAACGUGGGCCGCGUGUUCUCCAGUCCAGCGCCGGGCAUAGUCAUGGGAGUCGGCAACACGGGUGACCAUCUCAAGGACUACUCCGAGGGCAAUCUGUACGUGUCCGAUGAUGCUGGUGUCACUUGGCGGCUUGCCCGUAAGGGCCCGCACAAGUACGAGUUUGGCGAUCAGGGCGCUGUUAUCAUGGCCAUUCGUGAUGAUGACAAAACGGACGAAAUCUGGUAUUCCAUCGACCAUGGCAAAGACUGGGAAUCCGCCAAGCUCAAGCACAAGAUCUACCCCCGGAUCCUGACCACCACGCCGGACUCGACCAGCUUGAAGUUCCUGCUUGUUGGUAGUAGCUCGGAAAGCAGCGAGGACGGAGCACACAUCAUCUACUCGAUCGACUACAAUGGCUUGCAUGAGCGGAAAUGUGAAAAGGACGACUUUGAAAAGUGGCCGGCCCGCCUGGAUGAAAAGGGUGAAGCCGACUGCUUGAUGGGUCACAAGCAGUACUUCAAGCGCCGAAAGGCCAACGCCGAUUGUUUCGUGGGUGAGGAAUUCAAGGACCCCGAGCCGAUCUUCCAACCGUGCAAGUGUACCGCCGAGGACUUCGAGUGUGACUUCAACUUUGUGCGCAGCGAGGACCGGAAGAGCUGCAAGCCGGCUGUCUCGUUGACUCCUCCGAAGGGAGAGUGUCAGAAGCCGGAUGAUACGUACAAGGGCCCGUCUGGCUGGAGAUUAAUCCCGGGUGACACCUGUAUCCGUGAUGGCGGCGAGAACUUGGAUGCCGACAUCGAGCGAUCCUGCGACGAUGCGAAAAGUGCACCCGCAUACGGCUCGAUUGCGGUGACAAAGCAGACGUUCGACUCCAGGCAACCCAGUGAAUACUACUAUCUGGAACGCCAGUCGAGCAGCUCCCAGCAUGACGAGACUAUCAUCAUGACAACGGAGAAGCAUAUUCUUCACAUCUCUCAUGACCACGGCAAGAGCUGGAAGCAGCCUCUCAAAGGAGAGAAGAUUGUGGAUGUCAUUCCUCAUCCGUACUACACCGAUGUUGCCUACUUCCUGACCGAGGGUACGAAGUCGUUCUACACUGAUGACCGCAGAAAUGUCAAGAGUUUCAAGACGCCCACCGAACGGGGUUCGUUGCGACUGCCUCUCAUGUUCCAUCCACAGAAUAAGGGAUGGCUUAUCUGGAUCGGCCCCCCGCAUUGUACCGCCAAGGAUUGCCAUAGUAAUGCUUACUUCACGACAGACUCCGGGACAACCUGGAAGCCUUUGCUAGAGUAUGCGAAGAAGUGUAUGUUUGUUGGCGACAGGAGCGAGGGUAAACGUCAGGACGAGGAGACCAGAAAAAAGAACGAGAACUUGAUCCUUUGCGAGCAACACGAGAACGAGGACGAGGACAGCAAGCGCCAAUUGGUAUAUAGCGAUGAUUUCUUCGCUGCCCACAAGGACGUCCAAGCCAAGAACGUGGCUGACUUCGCUGCCAUGUCUGAAUAUAUCAUCGUGGCUACCGAUGAUCCUGAACACGCCGACUCGCUCAAGGCCAGUGUCAGCAUUGACGGGAGGACUUUUGCCGAAGUCGAGUUCCCCGUGAACCUCAAUAUCCUCAUUCAAUCGGCGUAUACCGUUGUGGACAGUACGACGCAUGCCAUGUUCUUGCAUGUCACUAUGAACAGAAAUGACGGUGCGGAAUACGGGUCGCUCAUCAAGAGUAACAGCAACGGCACCUCGUAUGUUCUCAGUCUGCCUGCGGUGAACCGGAAUGGCCCGGGCUACAUUGACUUCGAGAAGAUGCAAGGCCUCGAGGGCGUGGCUGUUGCCAAUGUGGUCGGGAACGUCCAUGGAGUCAACAAGAAGGUUGAGAGCAAGAAGCUCAAGACGAUGAUCACGCACAACGACGGGGCUCAGUGGACUUUGCUGCCGCCUCCUUCGCGAGACGCCGAUAACAACAAGUUUGGCUGCUCGGUUAAGGAAGGAAGAGGUACUGAUGACUGUGCGCUGCAUCUGCAUGGGUACACUGAGCGCAGAGAUCCUGAAGACACCUUCUCGUCCGGCUCGGCCAUUGGUUUGAUGAUGGGCGUUGGUAAUGUGGGUGAUUCUCUGGGAAGCUUAGACAACGCGGACACGUUCCUUACACAGGAUGGUGGUAUCACCUGGAAAUCCGUCAAGAAGGGAAGAUACCAGUACGAAUACGGCGACGCCGGCUCAGUGAUUGUAAUUGUAUCCGAACACAAGCCGACAAAGGUUCUCUACUACACUCUCGACGAAGGCGAUACCUGGGAAGAAUACCAGUUCUCGGAAACAGAGGUGCUAGUUGAAGACAUCACGACUCUCCCAUCUGAUACCUCGAAGAACUUCCUCCUCUGGAUCCGAGAGACGGGCAAGGACAAGUUCGCUACGAUUAAUGUGGACUUUAGCGGUCUUCGUGAAAAGGGGUGCCAUCUUGAUGAGCUUGAGAAGGAGGGACACAGUGAUGACUAUUAUCUCUGGGAGCCUACGCAUCCUUUGCAGGCGGACAACUGUUUGUUCGGUCAUACUGAGCAGUACCACCGCAAGAAGACUUCGGCGGAUUGCUGGAACAAUUGGCGUGAGCCUCAUGUUCACAGUAUCGGACGGAAUUGCACCUGUACACGAGCUGACUAUGAAUGUGACUACAAUUACGAACCCCAAAGCGACGGAAGCUGCAAACUCGUCCCCGGCCUCCCCGAACCCGACGCCCUAGUCGUCUGCAGAGACGAUCCCGACGAAAUCGAAUACUGGGAACCAACCGGCUACCGCCGCGUCCCCCUAACAACCUGCCAAGGCGGCCUCAAUCUGGACCACCACGUCUCCAAGCCCUGCCCCAGCAAGGAAAAAGAAUACGAAGAGAAACAUGGCAUCUCCGGCACCGCACUCUUCUUCGCCAUCACCAUUCCCAUCGCUCUCGCUUGUGCAGCAGGAUACUACGUCUACACCAGAUGGGACGGCAAAUUCGGACAGAUCCGUCUGGGCGAGGGAGUCGGUGGGACCGAGGGGUGGCUGUCGCGGGACUCGCCGAUGGUUACUGUGCCGGUUGCGUUGAUUGCGGGGGUUGUAGCGAUUGCGAAGGCGUUGCCGUUGCUUAUGUCGAGUCUCUGGCGGAGUAUGAGUGGGUAUGUGCGUGUCAGACGGGGAGGCGGAAGACCAUAUGCGUCGAGGGGGUCGUUUGCUGCGAGAAGAGGGGAUUACGCGCAUGUCGUUGAUGACGAAGAUGAGUUGCUGGGCGUUGAUGAGGCGGAGGAUGAGGAGGAUGAAGUUUAGUUGCUUUGCGAUGAUUUCAUGUUAUUUACGAGCGAGUCAUGUUUUCUGUUCUACCCCUGGAGUACACUUUUGAAUCUGUACGCGUAACCAGGUUGGGGUUGCUAUUGCUGCCGGGUAAGUAGCGGACAAAAAUAGAUAUGGUGAAGGGAUUUACUGGAUCAAACCGGUUGACUAGCUUUGUUUAACCAUACUUUUUACUCUGUAGUAUGUGAAGAUAUUCGGGUGAGGUAAAGGGAUAUAUCAACCAACCAGAAUUGAAUGUUUAG